UCAUUUACCUCCACCAAACUUUCAUCUCCUGCAUGGUUUUCCACUUUGAUCCUGAACUGAAGCUGAACGUUUUUCAGAUUCAAUCAAGUAAAGAUGAGGAGAACAGAAUCCGGACGAUGACGACAAACUUUGUUUCUCAGAUUGAAAACGUCUUCGAGCGUCACAUUGACAUCCUCAUCAUCGACGCACAAACACACACAGUGUGCGGCUGGCCCCUCCCCCAUGACCCCCCCACCUCUGUCACAGACCCUCACUGUUCUGUUGUUGUGGUCCAACCAAAUGCACGCACAGAUGCACAGGAUGGCUGCUGCGCCGCCACGAACGCCACAAGCCUUCAUCACCUUUCUCUUCGUCCUCACAGGUGGACAGCUGUCGCCCGUUUCCUCUUUUAAAGUAACUGAGGGGGGCGUGGCUUCACUGUCUUGUCAGUACUCGGUGAAGCGCUUUGGUCUGAGUCGUGUCUGCUGGGGUCGAAGCUGCGGGACUUUCUGGUGCAACAACAUCCUGGUGCAGACGGACGAGAAUGGCAUUGUGUCAAAGGUGGACGAGCGGUACCAUCUGACCGGAGACAUCCUGGAUGGACAAAUGGACCUGGACAUCCUGAGUGUGAGGCGGACGGACAGCGGGCCAUACUGCUGUCGAGUGGACGUGGACGGCCUCUUCAACGACAAGAAAGUGAUCAUGAACCUGAGGGUGGUUAAAGCUCCGGCCAACAGUCUUCCUCGCCUGACAACAACAGCAGCAAUGACCACAGAAGGCGUCACCGAGAUGGCCCCCACCUCGGUCAAGUCAACAACGGUGAACUGGAAGAGCCUGCUGUCCUCUGAACUGGACCUUCUGAGGAGGAACUCUACCUUGCUGCGCUCUGACACUGUAACAGUGGAGGACUCUCACCCCUCGCUCUCCCUCCAGGUCAGCGCUCCAGUUCUGGCUCUCUCCAUCACUGCUCUCCUGGUCAUUGCUGCAGUUUUUCUUUUUCCAGCCUUCAAGCGUGGACUUCACCGAAGAGCCUUCAAGAGUGUCUGUUUCUCCCCAGAGGAACCUCCCCACAUCAUCUAUGAGAUCCGCAUGAGGAGGCCAGUGCAGGAGAACAUCUACACUCUGGACUAGAGCGCCUCCUCCAGGCUGGGAGAUGCGUCCCUUUGUGCUGUUGCUGCUUGUACUUGACGGUUUUAUUUUAUAUUAAAAGUGUAUGAAAAGCA